CAAUCGGACGAAGGGGAAUUUAUUAGCUUGGAAAACGCCCGACUCGUGGCUCUCGUCCGGUCGUCCCGUCCCGCUCCCACGCAAGCGGAGAAAGAGCUGGAGAGAGAGGAGAGGAGAGAAGAGGGGAGAGAGACGGAAGGCUGCCCGCUGCCGUGGCGUAGCUCAGGACCCGGAGGCCGAGCUUGGCCAGUGUUCGCGCGGGCACGCGGCUCGAUUGGGAGGCGAGGGGUUCGGUGAGAGGUGAGAGGGCGCGCGAUGGGGAAGGGGGCGGUCGUGGGGACGGUGGUGGUGGUGUGCGCCGCGGCCGCCGCGGCGGUGGUGGUUUCGCGGAGGAGGAGGAGGCGGCUGGAGGCGGAGGACGAGAGGAAGAGGAAGGCCGCCGCUGUGAUCGAGGAGGUGGAGCAGAGGUUCUCGACGCCCACGGCGCUGCUGCGCGGUAUCGCUGACGCCAUGGUUGAGGAGAUGGAACGCGGGCUGCGCGCCGACCCCCACGCCCCGCUCAAGAUGGUCAUCAGCUAUGUCGACAACCUCCCCACCGGGGAUGAGCAUGGACUGUUUUAUGCACUGGAUCUUGGUGGGACCAACUUUCGUGUCAUACGGGUUCAACUUGGAGGAAGGGAGAAGCGUGUUGUGAAGCAACAAUACGAAGAGGUCUCCAUUCCCCCUCACUUGAUGGUUGGGACUUCCACGGAACUGUUUGAUUUCAUUGCUGCUGAGUUGGAAAAAUUCGUCCGGACUGAAGGAAAAGAUUUCCACCUACCAGAGGGCAGGCAGAGAGAACUGGGUUUCACCUUUUCUUUCCCUGUGCACCAAACAUCAAUAUCAUCGGGCACUCUAAUUAAGUGGACCAAGGGCUUUUCCAUCAAUGGCACGGUUGGGGAAGAUGUUGUCGCUGAAUUGAGUAGGGCUAUGGAGAGGCAGGGUCUUGAUAUGAAAGUUACAGCUCUGGUUAAUGAUACUGUAGGCACAUUGGCCGGCGGGAGAUAUGUCGAUAAUGACGUUGUUGCUCCUGUAAUAUUGGGCACUGGCACGAAUGCAGCUUAUGUGGAGCAUGUAAAUGCAAUUCCAAAAUGGAACGGGCUGCUACCUAGAUCGGGGAAUAUGGUAAUCAACAUGGAAUGGGGAAACUUCAGGUCAGAUAAUCUUCCUCAUUCAGAGUAUGAUACUGCCCUGGAUUUUGAAAGUUUGAACCCUGGCGAGCAGGUAUAUGAAAAAAUGAUUUCUGGAAUGUAUCUUGGAGAAAUUGUGCGAAGGAUUCUGCUGAAAUUGGCUCAUGACGCUUCAUUGUUUGGGGAUGUUGUUCCUCCAAAAUUGGAACAACUAUUUAUACUGAGAACGCCGGAUAUGUCGGCCAUGCAUCAUGACACCUCACAUGAUCUCAAACACCUGGGGGCUAAGCUGAAGGAUAUUCUGGGGGUUCCUGAUACUUCCCUCGAAGCAAGAUACAUUACUCUUCAUGUAUGCGACCUUGUCGCAGAGAGAGGUGCACGCCUGGCUGCUGCUGGUAUAUAUGGCAUUCUAAAGAAGCUCGGCAAGGACAAAGUGCCAAGUGAUGGUAGUCAAAAGCAAAGGACUGUCAUUGCUAUGGAUGGUGGCUUAUACGAGCAUUACACGAAGUUCAGCGCCUGCCUAGAAGCGACGCUUGCGGGCCUGCUCGGGGAGGAGGCUGCCUCGUCUGUGGUUGUCAAAUUGGCCAACGAUGGCUCAGGAAUGGGAGCUGUACUUCUUGCAGCCUCACACUCCCAGUAUGCUGAAGCUGAAUAGUCCUAGCCUCCUUGGAGCUCGAGGGACUAAGCUCCGAGUAUAACCUUUUGUUUUCCUUCUUAUUUCCCGCCUUCAGUCGAGAGGUCCUCCCGUGCGAUUCGCAUCUCCUAUUGCUAUUCUGCAGACGCAUAAUUGAGUGCCUAUGCAGAGGGAUAUAGCUAGUAUAUGGCCAAUGAGUUUGGAGAUAUCACAUGAAACAAGCGUUAGCAACUGCAGAGAAGUUGAAGAGGAGGUUUGAAUGAAGCCGUUCCUUUCCUGCCAUUUCUUUUUCCCUUUCCCUUAGGUUUGUAUCAUGAUACAUGAUGCGAUAUCGCAAACCAACCAGUGCUUAUUUGUGUAAUCUUAAUCUUUCAGAAUAAAGAGCGGAUACAACCUUACUAUUCUUGAA